UCACUCGUUUUUGUAAUCGAGAGGAUUGAUGAGCAUAAGGGUACUUACUCCAUUGUUCCUUUGCUUCUUGCUGGCCUUAUUAGCAUUUUAUAUUGGAGGUUUUUCGAUGACAUUAAACCAUAUGCUUUAGUACAGUUUGUUCAUUGCAUUGUCAUUCCCUUGAUGGUUAUUCUUUUACCUCCAAUGUAUACACAUUCUACGUAUUGGCUUUGGGCUGCAGGAUUUUAUCUCUUAGCCAAGGUGGAAGAAACUGCUGAUAAGCCUAUAUAUAGCUGGACUCAUCAUAUUAUUAGUGGCCAUUCUCUGAAGCAUUUGUACGCUGCUAUGGUCCCUGUCUUCCUUACCCUCGUGCUUGCAAAAGAACCGUUCAAACUGAGAGGUACAUUCUCAUAUAUAUAUGAGAUGGCCGGGAAUUGCAGAUCCAUAUUCUUGACUCAUGCAUUCCAUUGUUGGAUAUUGUCACAGUUAAAACACUUAUGUUUGAAUUUAUUGUGGAGGAUGCUUUGCUGGUCGGUGAUGGUUCUGAUGGGCAUUGCGGUUCUGUUUCUUUCCUCUGUUUUCGGUUCUGUUUGA